GUUGUCCAGUGUCAAUAAUUCAAUCGGAGCAGAAGUCGAGUUAGUUUGUGAUGAGGGGUUCUAUGUAAAUGGUUCCUCCAUUCUCACAUGUCUGUCAAAUGGAACUUGGAAUGAUACAUUAUUUGGAAAAUGCGCAGGAAUAAGAUGUCCUGCUUUAGAAAAACCAAAUAAGGGAAGCUUGUCCAGUGACAACAAUUCAGUUGGUGCGGGGGUCGAGUUAAUUUGUGAUGAUGGUUUCUCUGUGAAUGGUUCUUUUUCCCUCCGGCUCGUAUGUCUGCACGAUGGAACUUGGAAUACAUCACUAGGAAAAUGCACAGAAAUUCACACCACAACUCUUGUGACAACUGAACUUCCUGCAACAAACGCCUUAAAAACAAUAUGGAGGAAUAAUUCCAUUUCUCAACACACAACCCAAGAGAUGACUAAAGUGAAUACAACAGCGUCCUCAGCAUCACCAACUCUGGCAUUUUCCUUGACUACAACAGAGGAUAAGACUUCAUCAACAACGAGUGGAAAAGGUUCAUCGGCAACCAUAGAGGAUUCAACUUCAUCAACAGUAGUUAGACCAACAAUAGUGUCAACUCCUAUUCCAACAAAGAUUUCUUCAGUAAAACCACCAACAAUCACGAAGAGUACAGGGAAGCCAUCUGUAGUUGGAGCAAGUGGCAACAUAUUUGCAAGAAACAAAGGUGUUCUGGUUGGUAUGAUCAUUGGCAUAGUCGCAAUCAUUCUGCUUGUCAUAGCAAUUGUUGGUUUGGUUUGGAAAAGCAAAAAGUCUAAAAUAAGAGAGCCACCUAUAGACUAUGACGACGAUACAUUCCAUAACCCUUCAUAUGAUUCAUCAUUUGCACAAAAUGAAGGCUAUGAAUACAAAACACCUGAUUACAAAUCAACUGCCAACGCACAGAAGUCAAAUGGUACUUUGGAUAUCCCUGAGCCUGAUUAUGACGUGGUUGACCAGGUGCCUGUGUAUUAUGCAAG